AUGCCUUCCAAAGGCUAUGCUGAGCCAACCCUCCUGGAACUUGUUCCGACUCUUAUGGGCGAGUCCAACUUUUCUACAUGGACUACUUCACUCAAAUGGACCCUCGACGCACGCGACCUUCGAUAUUACGAACUUCUCACUGGCGUCUGGAGCGAACCCCGAGCAGUUGACCCCACACAUCCUACUCCCAUCGAAGUCGAGGCUCGUACCCAGUGGGAUACUGCCAGUCGGUACCUCCUCCCGCUACUCAACGCCACCGUCGAUCAGACGGUCAAGUUCUACAUCCUUGAGGCCAAUAAUGCACGCACAGCAUACGUCAACCUCUACCGGGCCUUCGCAGCUCGGUCUUACGACACUGGCUUCUCCAUUUUCCUCAAGUUUAUCAACACCACAUACACUUCCAACAGGCCUCAGGCAUUCGUCAACGAGUGGCGCGUGGCCCUCGGCGAGCUCCAAGAGUGUAAUUCGACAAAGCUCACGCCUCUCCUCAUCUUUUACCAUUUCCUGAACGCCGUCAGCGUCAACCCAGCCGUACACCCAUGGCUCGACAGCUUCCUCAAUUCGAAAGUCUCCACCGAUACAACCAUCGAAGCAACCUUUGCGGAUUUUGUCGUUUCCGAGGACCGUCGUCUCAACACCCUCAAUCAAUCUCACAACUUUAGCCUGGCUAGGGUUAAUAACCUGCCGUUCUUUUGUCAGUUCCAUAAUCGUCAAGCCGGUCAUUCCAGCGAGAACUGCUUCAGGAACCCGUCCAACCAACUCCCCUUUAAUCAAGUGUCGAUGGCUCCGAUUACGGCUCCUACUCAUGAUCCCGCUGAACCUGAAGAUCGGCCUGCACAGUAA